AUGAACUCAGAGAACGAGGACCCUUCACGGGGACACAACACUUCCGGCCAAGUUCCACCUCAGCACACACAGCAAAGCAUAUCAACAACUGCUCAAGAGUCCAUUGCCCGAGAUCUCGAAGACAGCGAUGUCGCCGAAGAAGCAGAAGAUGCAACACCCUCUUCUCCUUCCACCAAUGUCACCAUAACGCAACACUCGCUUGGUGGCAAGAACAGACAGCCUUCCAUUGUCCCCAGUGGCCCACACCCGUUCUUGGGCCUCGCUUCUUCCGGAUCCGAGCUUGUCGAGCCCAGCAAGGAAGAACGCCAUACGGCCCUCGAAGAGGAGAGAGCAUUGCUGGAGGACAACCAUCUCAUCUCGCCACAGCACUCCCAGCGGCGGGCUAGCCAUACUUCUCACCACUCUACUACAAAGCAGCACAACUCGACAGACGGACCUUCUCCCUCGGAUCCUUUGGAGUCCACCCCCCUCCUCUCAACCCUCACCCCCUCCCCCACCGACCCCGAAGCCCUCGCCCAAAAAUGGGAAUCCGCCCUCACGUCCGCCUCCCUAACCACCACCUUCUCCCGCGAAACCCGCACCCUCUUCUCCUACGCCUUCCCCCUAAUCCUCACCUUCCUCCUCCAAAACAGCCUAACCCUGACCUCCAUCUUCACCGUCGGCCACAUAUCCCCGACAGCCCUCGGGGCCGUGUCCUUGGGGACCAUGACGGCGAAUAUAACCGGCUACGCCGUUUUCCACGGACUGUCUACCUCCCUCGACACUUUAUGCGCGCAAGCGUACGGGAGUGGGAAGAAGACGCUUGUAGGGCUGAGUCUGCAGCGAAUGGUGGUUUUCUUGUGGGUGGUGACGGUGCCGAUUGGGGUGGUGUGGGUGUGUGCGGAGGGGAUUUUGAUGCGCAUUGUUCCCGAGAAGGAGAUUGCGGUGUUGGCGGGGCGGUAUUUGAGGGUGUUGGUGUUGGGGGCGCCGGGGUAUGCGGCGUUUGAGAGUGGGAAGAGGUAUGUGCAGGCGCAGGGGCGGUUUGCUGCGACGUUGUAUGUGCUGCUCAUCGCCGCACCGUUGAAUGUGUUCCUGCACUGGCUCUUCGUCUGGAAACUGUCCUGGGGCUUCAUCGGCUGCCCAAUCGCCAUCGUAAUAACCGAAACCCUCCUCCCCCUCCUCCUCGCCGCCUACGUCCUCCUGCACCCCACCAGCCUCGAAUGCUGGCCCACCCCCACCCGCGCAAUCUUCCACAACUGGGGCCCCAUGAUCCGGCUGGCUCUUCCGGGCCUCGUAAUGGUGAUGGCCGAAUUCCUCGCCUUCGAAAUCCUCACCCUCGCCGCCGCGAACUUCUCCGCAACGCACCUGGCUGCUAACACGGUCCUGCAGAGUUUGUCGGUGUUUACGUAUAAUUUCCCUUUCCCGCUGGCGAUAGCGGGGAGUACGCGGGUGGCGAACUUGAUCGGGGCGGGUUUGCCGGAUGCUGCGAAGGUGACGGCGAGGGUGAUGUUUGUCGGCGGAGCGCUGAUUGGGGUGGCGAAUAUGCUUGCGUUGAGUUUGGGGCGGCACUGGGUUCCUACGUUGUUCACGGGGGAUCAGGAGGUUAUUGAUUUGGCGGCGAAGAUCUUACCGAUUAAUGCGGCGUUUCAGCUCUUCGACAGCCUCGCUGCGCAGUGCAACGGCGUAAUGCGAGGGCUGGGCAAGCAGAGUGUAGGUGGGAUAGCGAGUCUGGUGGCUUUCUAUGUGGUGGCGCUGCCGAUUUCGUUUGGGACGGGGUUUGGGUUGGGUUGGGAGCUGUAUGGGUUGUGGGCGGGGCCGGCGAUUGGAUUGUGCGUGCAGGCGGGGAGUGAGGGGUUGUUUAUUUGGAGGACGAGUUGGAGGAAGGCGAGUGAGGAGGCUGCUGCUAGGAACGCUGCUGGGUGA